AUGUCCUUGGGGGCUGAGGCUUGUCUGCGUCCACUCCCCAUGAAGUCCCUCCUGGUCUUCAGCAUCCUUGUGGCAGCUACCUGCAGUGAGAAGCUUUUCGUGGGGGACCAGGUCCUCCGCAUCACGGCCAGCAGUGAAGAGCAGAUCACCCUGCUCAGGGAGCUGGGUGAGCAGGAGGAGCUGCAGCUUGACUUCUGGCGUCAUGCCACCAGCCCUGGCCACCCAGCUGACCUGCGAGUGCCCUUCCCAAGUCUCCAAGCAGUCAAAAUCUUCCUGGAAUCCAACAACAUCUCCUACAGCAUCAUGAUUGAGGAUGUGCAGGAAUUAUUGGAUGAGGAAAAGAAAACCAUGAUGAAGUCCAAGAGGGUAGAGAGGAGCACCAGCACCUUUGAUUUUGCCUCCUACCACACUCUAGAUGAGAUCUAUGCCUGGAUGGACAUGUUAGUGGACAAUCAUCCCAGCCUCGUCAGCAAGAUCCAGAUUGGGCAGAGCUUUGAGAACAGACCCCUGUAUGUGCUGAAGUUCAGCACUGGUGGAUCCACCCGGCCAGCCAUCUGGUUGGACACUGGCAUCCAUGCACGGGAAUGGAUCACCCCAGCCACUGGCAUCUGGACAGCCAACAAGAUUGCUGAGGAGUACGGUCAGGACCCCUCAGUCACCACCAUCCUGGACAGCAUGGACAUCAUGAUUGAGAUUAUCACCAACCCUGAUGGCUUUGCCUUCACCCAUAACUCUGACCGCUUGUGGCGCAAGACAAGGUCCAUCAACGCCAGCUCCCACUGCGUUGGUGUGGACCCUAACCGAAACUGGGAUGCAGGCUUUGGAGGCUCUGGCUCCAGUGGCAAUCCCUGCUCCGAGACCUACCGUGGUCCUUAUGCCCACUCUGAGAGGGAAGUGAAAGCCAUCGUGGACUUCAUCCUUGGCCAUGGCAAUGUGAAAUCAGUCAUCUCCAUCCACAGCUACUCCCAGAUGCUGCUCUUUCCCUAUGGCUACAAGACAGCACCCGUGCCUGACCACCAAGAACUGAUUGAACUGGCUAAAAAGGCAGUGAGUGACUUGGCUGCCUUGUAUGGGACGAAAUACACCUACGGCAGCGUGGUGGACACCAUCUACAUGGCUGAUGGGACCACCAUUGACUGGGCCUAUGACAAUGGAGUGAAAUAUGCCUACAGCUUUGAGCUGAGGGACACAGGACGCUAUGGCUUCCUCCUGCCCAGCAGCCAGAUCAUCCCCACCGCAGCCGAGACCUGGCCAGCGCUGCUGGACAUCAUGGUCCAUGUCCUGGAGCAUCCAUACUGA